AUGUGUUUUUUCUGUGUUUUUUAUGUUUUUGUGUUUUUGUGUGUUUUUUUGUGUUUUUGUGUUUUUUCUUGUGUUUUUUGUGUUUUUUUGUAUUUUGUGUUUUUUGUGUUUUUUUGUAUUUUUGUGUUUUCUGUGUUUUUUGUAUUUUUGUAUUUUUGUGUUUUCUGUGUUUUUUGUAUUUUUGUAUUUUUGUGUUUUCUGUGUUUUUUGUAUUUUUGUAUUUUUGUGUUUUCUGUGUUUUUUUGUAUUUUUGUGUUUAUUCUUGUUUUUUUUUGUGUUUUUCGUGUUUUUUUGUGUUUUUUUUGUGUUUUUUUGUGUUUUUUGUGUUUUGUGUUUUUUGCCCUUUUAACAGUAAUCCUUCAAUACUUAUUCCAUAGUAUAAUAUUCACUAAUAUCAUUACUUCCAUCAUUAACCGUAAAAAUAAUUCUAACAUAACCCCUAAUUGUGUCUACAUUCUCGUAGUCUUCAUUAGCUCGAAACUGUGGAAAUAUAUUAUUUGCAAUUCGAUUUGAAACUUGUUGCGCAAUAUCCAUAAAACCUGGUUGAUGUUCUUGAUGUCCUGAAGAAAAAAAAUA